ACCAACAACUUCUUGAACCUCUAAAUAAUUGUUGCAUGUUGAUGAUAAGAUAUGCCGCAUUCAUAAGGAGCGCAAUUGUGCAUUGUGAGUCAAGCUCAAAGCAAAUCGAUCGAUGGCCGAUUGGCUCACUCAAUGGAGGACUUCCACACCGUGCGUUUCAAUUAUGUUCGAGUGAAAGACCAAAGAGAAUGCUUCCAGAUAGGCCCCCGUAUGAUCUCGAAUCAGGAUUCUUGUAAUGCGGACGCUUGGAUCUGGUAAGACGGUACCAUCUGAAUUGAGAGUGACCCGCUUCGAAGGUGGCGGCUUUUAAGAGAUUCCAGCCUCCGACCUAGCAAACGGAAUGACGGGUGAAUUAGCUUAUCCUUGUCGAUUAUGACAAGCCUCACUACAACUAUUCAUGCCAGGACGCUCUGAAUGAAUGCUCCAGUCAAUACAACUAUUCAUACGAUUUUGUCUUAAAGUUUCGAUUUGGAUAUCAGCCCAUCGGUUUAGGAUUGUGGCCUCCAAUUAACAAAAACCAUAUAGAUCAAAUUAACUAGGGAAUGAGGAAUUUUACAAUACUCUAUAGUAUUGGUGCUAUAGGUUUUUACCUUUAUGGUACAACUUGAAAUUGUACAUUCAAUGUUAUGGUACAGAUUUAGAUUAUACCUACACUGUUUUGUACAUAUUCUUUAUGGUACAACUUGAACUUGUGCCUUUAUGUGAUGGUACAACUUCAACUUGUAAGGGUACAAAUUCCUUUAUGGUACAACUUGAACUUAUACAUUUAAUGUUAUGGUACAACUUCAAAUUGUACAUUAAAACACCAAUACUUUAUAGCAUAAUAAAAGGGCUCCUAGGGAAUGGGGUAAUACUAAUAGGAGGGAUGAAUAAUCUGUAACAUCCCGUUCCGGCAAAACCCAUAUUUCGAUCGCUAGAAAGUUCGCGAUUUAAAAUCGAGCAUUUCGAAUUUAAUUCCCUUCCCAGACAAACUCUCCAGAAACCAUAUCAUCUUCUUCUUUUUAGUUUCCGCGAGAGAAGUAGAGAAACAGAGCGUUCGGGGGAAAAAUUCUCCGGCUCAAAUUCUUGAGCCCUAGUGAUCCAAAAAUCCCGUAAGUAAUGCCUAAUUCAUCUAUUCAUCGUGAUUUAUCGAUUUAGAGCUUUAAAACGAGUUUUUGGUUCAGGAAUUUCUUGAAUUCCCGAUCUGCCAGAUUAGGGUUUUGGAGUAUCCGGAAGCCGGAUUGAGCCCAAAUUUCAUAUACGAGCUUCCUGCAGCGAGGUAAUCAAUCCCCUAGUUCUAAUUCCUGAUUUUCGGCUAUUAUUUAGGCCGGGGUCCAAACCGCUGAAUUUAGCUCCGGCCAGGGUUUGAUGUGUUUUUAUCAAGAAUUUGACCCGGAGCCUAGAACUAAUAUUGACGGGGAUACUGCAGGGGAUAUUAGGACGGUCUCGGAUUUUAAUUCGGGGUUCGUUCGUGAAAUUGACGUUUUAGUACGGGAGGCUAGAACCGGUGUUUGAACGACCAGAACUGGUGAGGGAUUAGCACGGCAUACCGGGUUUGUCGUAUCACGAUAAUUAUAUUGAUGCUUAGAAUUGACCUAGGUGAACUAGAAUGGCAUGAUUAGGGGUGUAUGGACUUUUGUGCUAUAUGAUGAACCCUGGACUACUGUAUGAUAUUAUUGACUUGCCCUAAUCGAUAUGAACCUUGUUUAUGUGGAUGAUUGCCUACAUGUUGCCAUUUGUGGCUUAACUGUUGAUAUGACUUUAUGGUUGUUCGAUAAGGGUUUUUGACAUGAUGUGAUAUUGUGGUUGUUUUUGGAUUCACAAGUGGGGAAAAUAAACUUCCCAGGGUGAUAUUAUGAUGUUUAAGGAGGAUGACUUGCACGAGGGUUUAUCCCGAGGAAAUGCAAUUAUACGACUCCUGAUUUACCUAUGUUGAGCCAAUUGUGGCCAGGUCAAGUACAUGUGCAAGUAAUGAAUUAUGAUUAAGCAAGAUGAGAUAUGAAUCAUGUAUAAGGAUACCAAUAAUGAGUGUGGUGGUCUCACGGUCAACUACAUAGUAAUUAGGGCUCCCUAUGCUAUUACUCUACUAUGAUAUGUAUGAUAGUCACACCUCUCAUUUGGUGGUGACUGAAGAAUUCUUAUGAGAUAUGACCACACCCAGAGCGGUGUCGGGGUAUGACUACACCCAUAGUGGUGUGGGGUAUGUAUGACCACAUCCGACGGGAUGUUGGGGUAUGUAUGACUACAUCCGACGGGAUGUGGGGUAUGUUUCCCGGGAGAGUUAUUAGCAUGGGAGUAGCCAGGCGCCUAUGAUUAAAACAUGAUAAGAUGCAUAUGCAUAAGUCAAAGUGGUUGAGUCUUUUGCCUAUUGGGAUAUGAGGAUGGCUGAGGUCCGAUCCUAGUGUUUUGGCUUGAUUGUUAGAUGUAUGAUAGGGGUAUGCUCUGUUAUGAACUCACGAUGCUAUGAUUAUCUCACUCAGCUAUGAGCUGACCCUCUUUUAUUCUUCUUCUCUGCUUAUGCUAUGUGUAAGCAGAUCAUCAGCAGCAGCAGUAGAUAAGUGUUAGGUGGGAGAGGAGCUAGAGUUGAAGCCAGGAUGAGGUAUGGUCUUCAACUAUUCUGUGCUUGGACUACUACUUGGGAUUUUGGCCAGUGAUCCACACCUUUUUGUAAAAAUGUUUUGAGAACAUUUUCAUGUGCAUACUAGCUUCGAAUGUAGUGUGAGAUAUCCACAGGUGUGGAAAGUUAAUGAUAUGUGUAUAUGUUGUGUAACUGUGUAAGUUGUGACGAUUAUGGUAUGUAUAAGUAUGGUAUGCAGUUAGGAAGUAUGAAAAGUGUGACUAUGGCUAAGAAAAGCCAAUGCAUAUGGUUGUGAGUAUAUAUGUUUGUGAUGAAUUAUUUUGCAGGUUCAGUUGCAAGAACUGUUAGCCCAUUACGCGAGUAAUUCAUGUCGGAAUUUUAUUUAGGUAAAAUUUGAUAAUUAAUGUAACACCCGAGAUUAAUUCCGCUGCAAUUGUAUGAACAAUAUGAUUAGGCAAAACGUAUAGGGUAGGGUGUUACAGUUUGGUAUCAGAGCCCGGUUCCCUCUUUUUGCUGUUAUGGCGUACUAUACCCUAUGGGAGGCUAAACACUCCUAAGGAGGGGAGUACCCCAUAAUGACUUAAACUGGGAAUUGAAUUUGAUAUGAUUAUGUGUAUUGGUAUAUUGGAUGAAAUUACCUGCAUCAUGGUUUUCAAAAAUUGAGUUUUGAACUUAUUUGUUUUCAAGUAAUUAGUUUGGAAAAAUUUUGUUUUAACCAAGUGAGAGAUUUGGUGAAGAAUGAAUUUUGUGUGGAUCAAUCUAAGGCCAAUAUUUCCUUGUAGUUCCCACGGAAGUUGUGAAAAUGUUCCUACUGACCAGUCGAGAGGGGUGGGGGCGGUUGAUGCAAGACCGCCAGUAUUAGAUUAUGCAAAGAUGAAGAGUUUGGGUGGUAGGGACUUUAAGGGAGAUGUGAGCCCAGAUGCUGUAGUAGAGUGGUUGAGAGAGAUGGAAGAUGUGUUUGAAUAUCUUUAUGCAACCCCAGAGGAAAAAGUGCAAUAUGUUGUUUUUCUCCUAAAGGGGUAUGCGAGGAGCUGGUGGUCCUCAGUCUCUAGAGUUAAUGGUGAACGAGUUCAGUUCACCUGGGAGGAGUUCCUGAAGGCCUUUAAGACAGAGUUUCUUCCCGAAGCUUUUAUCAGGGCAAAGAACAAUGAAUUUGCCAACCUUAAGCAGGAGAAUAUGACAGUUACUGAGUACACCAUCAAGUUUGUUCGACUGCUUUACUUUGAGGAUGGGUUGGCGGAUACUGAGCAAAAGAAGAAGAUGAGAUACUUGCAUGGUCUGCGCAUAGGAUUGAAAGAAAAGAUCCACAGGGUUGAUGAAGAGAGCAUGGCCACAAUUAAGGAGGCUGCACUUAAGUAUGAAGCCUAUGAAGUUGAGAGCCGAGAGGAACACAAGGCUAAAGAAGAGGAGAAGAAGAGGAAGUUUGGAGUAAAUUAUGCUGGACCUCGUUACCCACCCAGGAGAGGUCCUAGCAAUUUUGGGAGAACACAGAGUCAAUCUAUGUCAGGAACAUCAUACAGGGCACCAAUUUCCUCAGCCACACAAUUUCCAUUUUGUCAAGUUUGUCAGAAGAGGCAUCCUGGAGAGUGUAGGAGAUUUUCUGGUGUAUGCUUUCACUGUGGCCAACCUGGGCACAUCAUGAGGGAUUGCCCGCAUUCGAGAGAAGUAAGAGCUACACAGUCCAAGCCUUCAGUGCAAUUUAGUAGAGCCCCAUUCAGGGGUGGUUACCAGGGAGGCCGUAGUGGAUUUCAGAGUGGUCGUGGUGGUUCACAGGGUGGUAGAAGUGGUGGUCGAAAUCAACCAUCAGGAAGUGGUACGCAGGGUACCAGAGCACAGGGAGCACCGAGGGUUUAUGCAAUGACUCGAGGUGAGGCAGAAGUGGCACCAGAAGUUGUGACUGGUAUGCUUUCUAUCCUUGGCAAGCAAUUAUAUGCUUUGAUCGAUACUGGUUCCUCUCACUCAUUCAUGUCAUAUACGUUUGCACAUAUGCUACGCUUAGUUCCAGAUAAGCUAGGUUAUACCUUAUGUGUUAAAACACCUGUGGGAGAUACCUUGAAGGUAGACUCAGUUAUUAGAAGUUCCUUCAUUUGUGUGGAAGGAGCUUUCCUAGCAGCAGAUUUAAUUCUGCUACCUUUUGAUGAAUUUGAUGUCAUCCUUGGAAUGGACUUUCUGGCAACACAUGGAGCUGUUGUGGAUUGUCAAAAGAAAGAAGUGUUAUUCAGCACACCAGAUAAAGGUCCUGUUGUAUUCCGAGGCAUUAAGAAAAAGGAGACUCAUGGUUUUCUUUCUGCCUUGGAAGCUUUUCGGUUAGUGAAGGAAGGUUGUGAAGCCUUUCUUGCUCAAGUUACUGUAGUAAAUGAUAAGAAGGUUGAGGAUGUAGAGGUGGUAAGGGAAUUUCCUGAUGUAUUCCCUGAAGAACUUCCCGGCCUUCCACCAGAAAGGGAAGUAGAGUUUGAUAUUGAAUUGGUACCUGGCACAACACCAAUUUCAAUGGCACCAUAUAGAAUGGCACCAAUUGAGCUGAAGGAGCUUAAAGAACAAUUGCAAGAAUUGUUAGACAAGGGGUUUAUUCGACCUAGCAUCUCACCUUGGGGUGCACCGGUUUUGUUUGUCAAGAAGAAAGAUGGUUCCAUGAGAAUGUGCAUUGACUACCGGAGGUUGAAUAAGGCGACAGUGAAGAAUCGUUAUCCCCUUCCAAGAAUAGAUGAUUUGUUUGAUCAAUUGCAGGGUGCAUCAGUCUUUUCUAAGAUUGAUUUGAGAUCUGGAUACCAUCAAUUGAAAGUGGCAGAUGGAGCAACCUCAAAGACAGCUUUUAGAACAAGAUAUGGGCAUUAUGAGUUCCUGGUAAUGCCUUUUGGACUCACUAAUGCACCAGCGGUAUUUAUGGCUCUUAUGAACAGAGUUUUCCAUGAAUAUCUUGAUAAGUUUGUGAUUGUGUUCAUAGAUGAUAUUCUCAUCUAUUCUAAAAGCGAGGAGGAGCACAAAACUCACCUUAGAAUUGUGUUGCAAAUUCUAAGGGAGAAACAAUUAUAUGCAAAAUUCUCAAAAUGUGAGUUUUGGCUGAAGGAGGUAAUAUUUCUGGGACAUGUAAUUUCUGGAAGAGGUGUCGAGGUGGAUCCGAAAAAGGUGGAAGCAGUGGUGAGUUGGACUCCACCAAAAGAUGUGUCGGAGUUGAGAAGUUUUCUUGGCAUGGCAGGUUAUUAUCGGCGGUUUGUCGAAGGAUUUUCUAAAAUUGCUGCACCAUUGACUAAACUGUUGAGGAAGAAUACUAAGUAUGUUUGGGAUGAAUCAUGUCAAAAGAGUUUUGAUGAACUGAAAAAGAGAUUGACCACAGCACCAGUACUUGCACUACCUUCAAGUCAGGGAGAGUUUGUGGUGUAUAGUGAUGCCUCGUAUCAAGGAUUGGGCUGUGUGUUAAUGCAAGAUGGAAGAGUUAUCGCAUAUGCCUCUAGGCAAUUGCGUCCUCAUGAAGUAAAUUAUCCAACUCAUGACUUAGAAUUGGCAGCGGUGGUAUUUGCUCUCAAGAUUUGGCGACAUUAUUUGUAUGGUGAGACUUUUAAAAUUCUAACUGAUCACAAAAGCUUGAAGUAUAUUAUGGAUCAGAAGGAUUUAAAUAGUCGCCAGAGGAGAUGGAUAGAGUUGUUGAAAGAUUAUGAUUGUACCAUUGAUUACCAUCCAGGUAAAGCUAAUGUAGUUGCUGAUGCUCUGAGCAGAAAGGGGAAGAAGAAUAUAAAUGAUCUGGUUGAUUUGAGGGCAAUGAAUGUUGAUUUGGAAGUGGAUGGUGUAACAGGGUUACUAGCUCGGUUGAACAUUCGACCUUUGUUGCACGACAAAAUUCGUGAGAAGCAGAAGGAGGACCCAGAGUUGGCAAAAAUCAUUCAAGACAUUGAGGAAGGAAAAGAAAGCCCAUUUGAAAUGGUAGAUGGCAUGUUGAAGAUUAAUGGAAGAGCAUGUGUUCCUAAUGUUGAUAACUUGAGGAAAGAGAUCCUAGAUGAAGCUCAUUCUUCUGCUUAUGCUAUGCACCCAGGAGCAACUAAAAUGUAUCACACGAUCAAACCAUAUUUUUGGUGGCGUGGGAUGAAAAAGGAAGCGGCUGAACAUGUUUUCACAUGUCUAGUAUGUCAGAAAGUUAAGGCAAAACAUCAAGCUCCCGUGGGAAAACUGCAACCACUUCCAAUUCCAGAAUGGAAGUGGGAAAGAAUCACAAUGGAUUUUGUAUAUGGUCUCCCACCAUCAAGGGGAAAGGAUGCAGUAUGGGUUAUUGUGGACCGACUGACCAAAUCGGCUCACUUUUUACCCAUUAGAUGGAAACCAUCACUGGAGACUUUGUCUCAACUAUAUAUUAAGGAGAUCGUCAGAUUGCAUGGUGUGCCAAUUUCUAUUGUCUCUGAUCGAGACCCGAGCUUCACAUCUCGGUUUUGGCAAAGUUUACAUGAUGCCUUGGGAACUAAACUGCAUUUUACUUCAGCUUAUCAUCCUCAAACAGAUGGACAGAGUGAACGAACCAUCCUAACUUUGGAGGAAUUACUUCGAUCAUGUGUAAUGCAAUGGGAGGAAUCAUGGAUUGACCAUUUGCCCUUGAUUGAGUUUGCUUACAACAAUCAGUACCAUAGUAGUUUGGGUAUUUCACCAUAUGAAGCACUUUAUGGGAGGAAAUGCAGGACACCAUUAUGUUGGGAUGUAGAAGGAGCAAGGCAAAUCUCAGGGCCAGAGAUAGUUCAGAUCACAGUUGACAAGGUCAAGGAAAUCAGGGAGCGGUUGAGGGUGGCUCAAGAUCGACAUAAAGUUUAUGUUGACACGAAUAGGCGUGAAGUUAAUUUCGAAGUGGGUGAGAAAGUAUUUCUCAAAGUGUCACCAUGGAAAGGGGUGAUGAGAUUUGGUAAGAAAGGAAAGCUUGCACCUCGGUAUAUUGGUCCCUAUGAAAUCACAGAGAAGAUUGGACCAGUGGCUUAUAAGUUGGCAUUGCCUCCAGAACUAUCUCAAAUCCACAAUGUAUUUCAUGUGAGUAUGCUGAAGAAGUACAAAGUGGAUCCUUCCCAUGUUAUACAACCAGAAGAGAUCGAGUUGGGUUCAGAUUUGACAUUUGAAGAGGUUCCAGUUGAGAUUGUUGAUUUUCAGAUUAAGAAUCUUCGUAGGAAGGAAAUUCCAAUGUUGAAGGUUAUGUGGAGGAAUCAAGAAAGUGAGAGUGCUACAUGGGAAACUGAAGCAAGUAUGCGGGAGAAGUACCCUGAGUUAGUAGCAACCUACUUUACAGGUUAACAAUCUUGCUUAGUAAGUUAUGUUUUGAACUUGCUGACGUGUUUUUGUUGUGAUAGCCCAGUAUAGGUUUUUGAAACCUAAACAUGGGAACUUGAGGUGUUAUGUGUUACCUUCUAUGUUAUGAAUUGCCUGACCUAAGAGUUAGGUAAUGACUUUAUGUGUGAUAGACCAAGUUAAGGGUAAGUAAGAGGAGUUAGAGUUUGACUCAAGGUUAGAUUUCGGGGACGAAAUCUUUUAAGGAGGGAAGAGUUGUAACAUCCCGUUCCGGCAAAACCCAUAUUUCGAUCGCUAGAAAGUUCGCGAUUUAAAAUCGAGCAUUUCGAAUUUAAUUCCCUUCCCAGACAAACUCUCCAGAAACCAUAUCAUCUUCUUCUUUUUAGUUUCCGCGAGAGAAGUAGAGAAACAGAGCGUUCGGGGGAAAAAUUCUCCGGCUCAAAUUCUUGAGCCCUAGUGAUCCAAAAAUCCCGUAAGUAAUGCCUAAUUCAUCUAUUCAUCGUGAUUUAUCGAUUUAGAGCUUUAAAACGAGUUUUUGGUUCAGGAAUUUCUUGAAUUCCCGAUCUGCCAGAUUAGGGUUUUGGAGUAUCCGGAAGCCGGAUUGAGCCCAAAUUUCAUAUACGAGCUUCCUGCAGCGAGGUAAUCAAUCCCCUAGUUCUAAUUCCUGAUUUUCGGCUAUUAUUUAGGCCGGGGUCCAAACCGCUGAAUUUAGCUCCGGCCAGGGUUUGAUGUGUUUUUAUCAAGAAUUUGACCCGGAGCCUAGAACUAAUAUUGACGGGGAUACUGCAGGGGAUAUUAGGACGGUCUCGGAUUUUAAUUCGGGGUUCGUUCGUGAAAUUGACGUUUUAGUACGGGAGGCUAGAACCGGUGUUUGAACGACCAGAACUGGUGAGGGAUUAGCACGGCAUACCGGGUUUGUCGUAUCACGAUAAUUAUAUUGAUGCUUAGAAUUGACCUAGGUGAACUAGAAUGGCAUGAUUAGGGGUGUAUGGACUUUUGUGCUAUAUGAUGAACCCUGGACUACUGUAUGAUAUUAUUGACUUGCCCUAAUCGAUAUGAACCUUGUUUAUGUGGAUGAUUGCCUACAUGUUGCCAUUUGUGGCUUAACUGUUGAUAUGACUUUAUGGUUGUUCGAUAAGGGUUUUUGACAUGAUGUGAUAUUGUGGUUGUUUUUGGAUUCACAAGUGGGGAAAAUAAACUUCCCAGGGUGAUAUUAUGAUGUUUAAGGAGGAUGACUUGCACGAGGGUUUAUCCCGAGGAAAUGCAAUUAUACGACUCCUGAUUUACCUAUGUUGAGCCAAUUGUGGCCAGGUCAAGUACAUGUGCAAGUAAUGAAUUAUGAUUAAGCAAGAUGAGAUAUGAAUCAUGUAUAAGGAUACCAAUAAUGAGUGUGGUGGUCUCACGGUCAACUACAUAGUAAUUAGGGCUCCCUAUGCUAUUACUCUACUAUGAUAUGUAUGAUAGUCACACCUCUCAUUUGGUGGUGACUGAAGAAUUCUUAUGAGAUAUGACCACACCCAGAGCGGUGUCGGGGUAUGACUACACCCAUAGUGGUGUGGGGUAUGUAUGACCACAUCCGACGGGAUGUUGGGGUAUGUAUGACUACAUCCGACGGGAUGUGGGGUAUGUUUCCCGGGAGAGUUAUUAGCAUGGGAGUAGCCAGGCGCCUAUGAUUAAAACAUGAUAAGAUGC